AUGGCGAUUGACCAAACUUUGAGUGAGGUACCAGUAAACCUGUGCAGAUUAAAGGAGGACAUGAAAGAGUUUGAGCAGUUUUUAAGAAAAGUGGACAAUAUUCAAACAGAAAUAGAGUGUGAAUUAGAUGAAAAAGAAUUGGCAGCUGAGAUCGAUUCGCACGGUGCGUGGCGGGACGCAGUUAAGAAGUCGUACCGUACAGCACAGGAACUUUUAGAAGCACACGUGCAUAAAAAGGAGCCGUUGAGUCCUAGUGUUGGUGCGAGUACAAAAGUAGUUAAAACUGUGAGUUCCUGUCAGGCAAAGCUACCUAAGUUGGAACUACCACGUUUCUCUGGAGUGCUGACAGAAUGGCAGGCAUUCUAUGAAAAGUUUGUGACAAUAGUACAUGACAAUAGAGACAUUCCUGUCGUAACAAAAUUCGCAUACCUGACCUCUCUCCUAGAGGGGGAGGCGAAGUCAGUGGUGACAGGUCUGAGCAUCACAAAAGAUAACUAUAGUGCUGCUAUCGAGCUCCUGAGGGAGCGAUUUGGCAAUAGGGAUCGACUGAUAUUUUCCCAUAUCCAAGCCUUGCUGAAUGUUUCGCUACCGUCUCCGACUGUUCGAGGUUUGUGGUCCCUACAGGACACAAUACAGACACAUGUUAGAAAUUUGGAGUCCCUCGGUGUCAAUGGGGGAACGUAUGGUCUGUUUCUCACGCCACUCAUCUUGUCUAGACUGCCCAAUGAUAUCAGAAUGGAGUGGGCUCGAAAUGGUGCUGGGAAAGAGAGCAACUUGAUUGGUCUUUUGGAAUUUCUUAAAUUGGAAAUUCAACGUCGUGAACGAGCAGAGACAUUCAAAGACAUGAAUUUAUCAGCACAACCGAGUGCAUGUGCAUCGCCUUCGUUGAGCAAGCAGAUAGUUAAGCAACGAGUUCCUACUGCCUCAGCAAUGUUCAGCAGUGGGGAGAAUUCGAAUAGUGACAGUAACAACUGUGUGUUUUGUUCCAAAAAACAUCCGUCUGAUAAAUGCUGGGAUGUGAAGAAAAUAUCGCUUAGUGAACGCCACAAGUUGAUCAAGGACAGUGGAGCUUGUUUUCGCUGCCUUUUGAGAGGUCACCUGGCAAAAGGUUGCAUGGCCAGAUGUAGGGCUUGCAAAGGCAGGCACAAUGAACUUAUGUGUGAUCCGAGUAGGAGAGCUGCUCAGAAGAAUCCCUCCAAUUCAGGUCAGUCUGGGGCUGCAGAUCGGAACUCCAUGAAACCGGUCACAUCGCAUGUAGGUGUGUCCUGUUCUACCGAGGGGGUUUUGACUGUACCCCAGGUUGCCCGCGUCCUCGUUAAAGGCGAGAGGGGUUCAGCUGAAGCAACUGUAAUGUUCGACUCUGGGUCUGAUACCUCAUGUGUUUGUUCUGAUUUUGUGGAGAAAAUCGGUCCUAAGUGGGUGACUGCCAAAAACAUGUCCUUUGCAGCCUUUGGUGCAAGUUCUUCAUCAGCCAGUAAGGUACAUAAUGUACACAGCCUGGAUAUGCAGGCAAAUGACGGUGUCACAAGAUCACUUAAUGUUGUCAAAGUGAAAGCGAUUAGUCCACCUAUGGAACGACCAAGGGUACCAAACCACUUAUUGAAAUCACUUGGUCAUCUGAACAUAGCAGAUGACUACGACACGGAUAAAAAAGUCACAGUUGACAUCUUGAUUGGCCUUGACAUGUAUUGGAAAUUUGUUAAACAGGGUUUCAUACAGGUCACCACUGGUCUUGUAGCUCAAGACACCAUCUUUGGGUGGGUAUUGUCUGGGUCUUACUCAAAUGGUCUGAGUGAGACACCAAGCCAGUCAACUGCUAUAGUCAGUCAUGUUAGUGUUAGUCAUAAUUUACUGAAUUUGUCAGAUAUUCCAGACGCGACGCUCUCCAAGUUUUGGGACCUAGAGUCCAUUGGUAUGACCGAUAACGGAGAGUCGAGUCUUGGAACAGAUAUGAUAAUCAUGAAACAAUUCACUGAAACGGUUGAGUUCAAAGAUGAUAGGUAUGUAGUUAGACUUCCAUGGAAAGAAGGUGCUAAGCCAUCGCUGUUGAAUAAUAGAAAUUUGGCAGAAGGCCGGUUACAAAGUUUAAACUGUAAACUCUCUAAGAACCCAGUGUUAAGGGGUCGGUAUGAUGAAGCCUUGGUCGAACUAGAGACUCUUGGAAUCGUUCAGGAAGUACCUCAGACAGAAAUUGUACCAAAUGAUGAGCGCCCCGUAUUUUAUCUACCCCAUUUCCCAGUCAUAAAAGAGUCAAAGUUGACUACCAAAAUUCGACCUGUGUUUGACGCCUCAGCUAAGGGGGCUAACGGAGUGUCACUGAAUGAUUGCAUUGAGUCAGGACCCAACUUGUUGCCAGGUCUAUUAGACAUUCUAAUCAGAUUCAGACGAUGGCGGGUGGCGAUGACCAGUGACAUCACCAAAGCUUUCCUACAGAUUGCCGUCAACAAGGAAGAUCAGGAUGUCCAUCGCUUCAUGUGGACAAAAGAUGGGAAAGAUAGGGUGAUGAAAUUCUUGCGUGUCCCAUUUGGCAAUACAGCCAGUCCAUUUCUCUUAAAUGCCACCAUCCGCCACCAUCUGUCUCAGUACUCUGAUUCUGAAACCUCUACUGCUGUCGAGGAACUGAAGGAAAAUUUGUAUGUUGAUGAUUGGAUCACUGGGGCUGAUUAUGAAGAUGAGACUUGUGAGUUGUUUCGUAAUGGUCAAAAGAUUCUAAAAGAAGGUAGUCUGUCAUUGGCAAAGUGCAACUCUAACAAUGAGGUAAUCAAAUACAUGUUCAUACACGAGUUUGAUUCUCACUCUGGUACUGUAUCAACAAAGAUACUUGGGCUGAAGUGGUUGAAAACAGAAGACUGUUUUGCAUUUGAUGGAGUUGACAUCCCUACACAGAUUGUCACAACCAAAAGAGUUGUUUUGAGCUUCAUAGCGAGGUUGUUUGACCCGUUUGGUUUCUAG